GGCGCGAUCUGCGGCCAGCAGUGGCGGCAGUCGGUGCAUGACGGUCGUAGCGCGCGGUUGGUCGCGCUCGAGCGCGGCAACAUGUCGCGCCCCCCUGUGUUACUAGUGCUUUCGUUGCUCCUUGCAUUCACCACUGCUUUAGGCGAACACCAGUCGAACUUAUGCGAGAGAGAAUACUGUAAUUGUACCCCCGCAAGACACCCAAACUGGAUGGUCGUGAACUGCACAGUGCCGAAUGAUCAGAAACUCGACAUAUACGAGGGAGAUCUCCCCGAGUCCACAACGGAUCUGAUUGUGACCGGAGCUGAGGCAGUAAUGAUUAACGCGAAUGCUUUAUCUCGCCUCAGCGAUGCGAGGCUCGUCCAUAUCUCCGACACAAAAGCUGUCGUUCUGAGGAAGUUCUCUGCUAUGCAAAUGAAAAUCGUCAACCUAUAUCUUGACAUAAGCAAGUGCAACGUCCUCCGCAUUGAAGAACGAAGUUUUGUCAAUAUAAAAGGUCCGUUAUCGGUUACACUAAAAGACUGCCAACACGUUUCGAUCGAAAGCGAAGCUUUCUCUUGGCUACUGUCGAUAAACAUCGAUAACGUGGGCCAGCUACAAUUGGGAAGUGGAUCCUUCAUGCUAGAUCCAACUGCGGCUAAUGUUGGAGAACACGGCCCUGGAAUGACGAUCAAGCUGAAGGACUUGGUCGUGCCCGAAUUUCCAGGGCAAACUUUUGGUUCUUCCGCCGCAUUAAUAUCAAUGGAAGGAGUGCAAGUCAGAGCCAUCCGUCCUGAAGCAUUCUCCGCGAACACCUACAAUAUUGUAUUAGCCAUGAAUUGUUCUUUUCAUUUGAUCGAAGGAGAAUCUUUCACACAAAAGUCUCUUAUAAACAAUCUUCACUUCCAUGGAUGUACAAUACACCAACUAGCAUCUGGAGCGCUACAGUCUGCUGUGGAAAAGCUUAAUAUAUCACAUACAAAAAUUGAUAAAGUAGAGACAGGCGCUAUAAAUUCGACUGUUGUGUCAGUUGAUAUUUCGUACUGUAUAUUUCACACAUUUAAAGAGCGAGGAUUUGAAUUAUCAUCAUGGAAUAAACUAUUUAUGAUCAGAAAUUCUUUUGACGAGUUAGCCCCUAAUGCAAUCGUUGGACCCAGUGGAAGCAUCCACGAAGUAGUAUUUAAAGAUAACGAAAUAGAAGCAAUGAAUUCCGGAAGUUUAGACUUUCUAGGUAAAGCUUUUAAAAAAUACGGAAUGUAUAUUGACUAUAAAAAUAAUUUUUAUGGGCAACCUUGUGUCUGCAAUAUGUCAUCAUGGUUUGCAAGUGGGCUUGGUGCAGAAUCUGGUGAUCCUUUUAUAGAUGAAAGUUAUUGCACUGUUGAUGAAUUUUUUGCUAGAUGUUUUAAUGUUUUCGAUCAAAAUAUGCCAUUUAGCAAAUUUUCACGGCAUGUUUGCAACGAUAAAUCGAGUAUUAAAUGUGAAUCUCAUAAUGCUCAUGGAGAAGGUGCUGCAACCGAAAUAAAAAAUCCCAGGUUUCCACAUAAAAAGGAGGAAGAUGAUGAAGGCAUAAGCGACCGUAACAAAAAAGUUAUAGGUAUAGUUAUCGUUACUAUAAUUGGAUGUAUACUUAUUGCAUUAUUUAUAAGUUUCAUAAAGUGGAUGCGACGCAGAGGAUAUUGUUUAAAUUUGAAAGAUUUUUUUAGAAAUUCACACUCUUCGUGUGGUUUUUGUGACAGAUUGUGUGUAUGUGGAAAUAAUGGACUAGAUAACGCAGCAUCAAUAUCACAAUUAUCCGUCAAUGAAUAUUCAGAACGCCAUCGUUUAAAUGAGCCCCGUGUCCAAGACAUGAUUCAAGAAACAACUAUACCGGUAGCUCAAAAUAUUGACGAUAUUGCACCUAGCGAAGAUAAAACCACACAAACCCUUCCAGAAGAAUUAACUAAGGAACUUUUAGAAAAUUUAAAGGAAAAGCUAGAAGAUCCCGAAAAUUAUGUAGAGGCUCGUGAAAUGAUUGAACAUCUCUAUGAACUUAUUAAAGUGGAAGAAAGCUGCAAUACUAAUAGCCCCACUGCAACAAAAGUUGAGGAAAAUAUAUAUGAAUUACCAUUCCAAAAUACAUCACCACGUGUUGGAAAGAAUAAAAAACAAAUGAUAAGUGUUGGCACUCGAGCUCCAUCUCUGGAUAAACUCACACCUUUAUCUCCAUAUAACAGGCAUCCAGCACUGUCUCAUGAGUACUUCGAGCCCAAAGACUUCGCUGUACAUUUGUAUGCCGAAAUAGUUAACAACGAUAAGGAAAAGAAAACCUUGCUUGGCUCCAUGCCUGAUGUUAUUGCAGAACAGGCAAUACCUCGCGGGCCAUAUUUACGUGCUGUUCGUGAAAAAAUGUCCACAAGCGUGCCUACUUCUCCUCAAAAACCCUCUUUGGGCAACUCAUCUUUGGGCAUCCCUCAGCAGACAUCAACAAUGAAAUCCAACAAAUCGACUAAUUCAAAUAAUUCAGGCAAGAUGAUAAACAGGCCUCUACCAGAGAAACCAGCUUCCAUCAAUGAUGCGGGCGAGGGCACAUCCUUUCGAACCGGAUGAGAUAUGGCCAAAUUUGAUGUAGAAUCUGGGCCUAAUGAAGGAAAUCGACAGAAACGUUCCAAAAAGCGCAAAGGUCUGACUUUAGUACCAGAUACUGAUGAUAUGGACUUCUAUUUAUCUCUUGAUCCUUGCGUCACGGGAUAAAUUAAAAUUAAGUACCAGAAGAUAUGCGCCAUAUUCGCUUAUACGUUUCAUUGCUGUGAUAUUAAUUUUUUGUUUGUUUUUAUUAUUAUUUUAUUUCAAUACAAGAGAUUUGUAUUAUGCCAGAUGUGACUGUAUUUGUAAAUAAUUGUUCAUGUGUAAUAAUUAAGCUUUAAGUUUAAAGUAAUAUAUCGUGCCACAUUAUUUAAACGUUUGGAAAGGAGAUACUUGCUUGUAUAAAUUCUAUGAACACCGCUUGUCGCAUUAAUAAGAGAACUUCUAUGUAAUGUAUAUAUUUAUUCGAUAUAAGACGAGUUUUAAAUUUAGGCAAGAAAUUAAAAAUAUACGUGUUAUGUGUACCAAAUAACAGUUACCCACUGACUUGUAUUAAAAGUUAAAUUUAAAAGACAAUACAUUGAGUGUGAAAGCAUUUAAACAAAUUUAUAAGUAGUGAGGUAGCGCUGUUUAGUCAUUAAGUAGAUAAAUAGCACAUUUGCCCACUUAAAGUACUGUUCUAUCUUGGUCGUCCAAAGGUUAGUGAGAGGUUUUUAACAAAGAUUCUUACUUAAGACAAUUCUUUAACUUUAAACCCUAAUAGUGUUUAUAUAAUUCUAUUUUCUAUAUGCAUAUUUAAUCUUUUGAAACUAACUGAGCUUUUAUAUGAUGUAUAUAUUGUAAAGAAGUGAAUCUUUACAUUGUGCUCAAAUUCCCUUAUAACAUAUUUUUAAUAAUGUAUACGUGUUUAAAACUUCGUCAAUCAAUUCUAUCAAAACAAGGAGAAAAAUCUCAAUGUAGUACAUUUACUCGUAAUCAAUGUUUUAUAAUAUUUAUGUCUAUAAUUAUUAAGAUUGUUAUUUAUGGGUAAAAUAGCGAGUAGAUGUCUAUUAUUAUAUAUACAUUGGCUGUUAGAAAUUGUAACUGUUCCUCGAAUUACCUAUAAGGUAAAUCAAUGUGUAGACGUGUUGCUAUGUUAAAUGUUAGUAUAUAAUAAUAUUUUAAUUUAUUUGCAUUUAAAUAUUUUACUAACUGUAAAAAAUGAUGAACACCGCGCGUCAAUUCGCCUAAUGUGUUCACUGUUCAUUAUAAAAUCGUGUUACAUCUUGAUUCAUUUAAAAUAUAUACAGAUGUAUCAUUUGGUCUUUGUAAUAUAGUAAAUUGACUGUCUACGUUUUAUUCCAAUUAAAAUACAUACAAAAUAAAUGUUGAAUGUG